AAGCGAGACGCUGCUCUGUUCCAUCACGGAUUCAAGUGUAGAAUCUCUCCGGGAGUCUACUUGCUGAAAAUACAUAAAUGUGUCGAGUUUUUAGAUUAAUAACAUCAGUUCGAAGUUAAAAACAAUCACUCUGUCUGCACCGUUGGAUUUAUGGUGGCCUCCAUGGGGAUAAUGUCUGACAGAGGCCGACGGCAAGCGUUGGUGUUGAUUCUUUGUCUCAUCGAGCUGAGCGCAGUGGCUGGUCAGGCUCGGUAUUCCAUCCCGGAGGAGCAGGCCGAAGGAUCGUUUGUCGGAAACAUUGCGAGAGAUUUAGGCUUGGAUGUUGCGAGGCUGAUUUCAGGUAAAGCUCGUAUUAUUACAAAAGGAGGCCGACAGUAUGUGAAUUUAAACAAAGACAAAGGCAUCCUUGUCAUUAAAGAGAGAAUCGACCGGGAGGAACUGUGUGGAAAGACUACGCCCUGUAGCUUCAGCUUCGAGGUGAUUUUAGAAAAUCCUAUCCAGCUUUAUCGUGUGACAGUGGAGGUGACGGAUAUAAAUGAUAACAGUCCGUCGUUCCCAAAAGACGAAAUCAGCUUAAAUAUUGUUGAAAACGCUGCAUUAGGGACUCGCUUUUCUCUGCUGAGUGCAGAUGACUCCGAUGUUGGCGUUAAUGAUAUUCAAAAAUACACACUUAAACCCUCUGAUCAUUUUAAGCUAGAAGUGCAAAACCAGCCGGAUGGAGGCAGGUUUGUUGAAAUGGUUUUACAAAACCCGUUAGACCGAGAGAAAGAGGAGACUCACAGUCUCGUGCUGAUUGCUUCAGAUGGCGGGGAGCCACGGAGAUCAGGGACAGUGCGUAUUCAUAUUACUGUGCUGGAUGCUAAUGAUAAUUCGCCAGUGUGUAGCCAGCCUGUUUAUAAAGCAGAAGUCAAAGAGAAUUCUCCCGAAGGAACCGUGAUAACCACUGUGAGUGCAAAUGACGCAGAUAAGGGCCACUACGGAGAGGUAACAUAUUCUAUCCCUCCUGUUGCAAAAGAGACGAAACAGCUUUUUGAAGUAAAUGUUCAAACAGGAGAGAUUAAAGUCGCAGGUAAACUGGACUUUGAAAAAUCUAAGACUUAUCAACUGAACGUGCAGGCUAGUGACCACGGAGGAUUUUCAGAUACAUGUAAAGUUAUCAUUCAAAUAACUGACGAAAAUGACAACGUCCCUACAAUACAGCUCAUGUCAUUUUCUAACUCGAUAUCUGAGGAUUCUCCUCCAGGUACAACUAUAGCUGUUCUUAACGUGGAUGACGAAGAUUUUGAUGGUAACGGUGCUGUCAAGUGCUCCAUUAACUCUGACGUACCUUUUAAAAUCGAGUCUUCAUUAACGGGAUACUACACCAUAGUAACUGAAGACUUUUUAGACAGAGAGAGUAACCCUGAGUAUAAUCUCACCAUAACUGUGUAUGAUCAGGGUUCCCCGCCUCUGUCAAGCAGUAAGAACAUCAACGUAAAAGUAUCUGAUGUCAAUGACAGUCCACCCAAAUUUUGUCAUUCAGAAUACACUAAAACUGUCGCAGAGAACAACUCCCCUGGACUUUCUGUGUUUACUGUCAGUGCUAAUGAUGCAGACUGGGGCCAAAAUGCCCGAGUUUCUUACUUUUUGCAGGAGAGGGACAUUAAUGGGCUGGCUGUGUCUUCGCUGGUUUCAGUAAAUUCAGAUACCGGUGUUAUUCAUGCAGUAAGAUCGUUUGAUUACGAGCAGAUCAAGUGGUUUGAAUUUAAUGUGACUGCACGUGAUGCUGGAUCCCCUCCUCUGAGUUCAGUGGCUACAGUUAAAAUAAUAGUUCAGGACCAGAACGACAACCCCCCUCAGGUUCUGUACCCAGUCCAGACUGGUGGCUCUCUGGUGGCUGAAAUGGUUCCUCGUUCAGCAGAUGUGGGCUAUCUGGUGACUAAAGUGGUGGCUAUUGAUGUGGACUCUGGACAGAAUGCCUGGCUCUCCUAUAAACUGCAGAAAGCCACAGACAGGGCGCUGUUUGAAGUGGGCUUACAGAAUGGAGAAAUCAGAACUAUCCGCCAAGUCACUGAUAAAGAUGCUGUCAAACAAAGACUGACUGUUAUAGUGGAGGACAACGGGCAGCCCUCUCGUUCAGCUACAGUCAUUGUCAACGUGGCGGUGGCGGACAGCUUCCCUGAAGUGCUGUCGGAGUUCACUGAGUUGACACAUGACAAGGAGUACAAUGACAACCUGACUUUUUACUUAGUCUUGGCUCUGGCUGUAGUUUCCUUCCUCUUCAUCACGUGUUUAGUGGUUAUUAUAUCAGUCAAAAUCUACAGGUGGAGACAGUCUCGCAUCCUGUUUCACUCCAACCUGCCUGUCAUUCCAUAUUAUCCACCACGUUACUCAGACACUUUGGGGACAGGGACUCUGCCACAUGUGUACAAUUACGAGGUGUGCAGGACGACUGACUCCAGAAAGAGUGACUGUAAGUUCGGCAGAGCUGGUAGUCAGAACGUGCUGAUAAUGGACCCCAGUUCUACAGGAACGAUGCAGCGGAUACAGAGUGAAAAGAGCAUCCUGGAUGAACCAGACUCUCCUCUUGAGGAUGGGGGUUCCCCUCCUUUAAGCAGCAAUACCACAGUUAGAAUAAAUAUUGAAGACCAGAACGACAACUCUCCUCAGGUUCUGUACCCAGUCCAGACUGGUGGCUCUCUGGUGGCUGAAAUGGUUCCUCGUUCAGCAGAUGUGGGCUAUCUGGUGACUAAAGUGGUGGCUAUUGAUGUGGACUCUGGACAGAAUGCCUGGCUCUCCUAUAAACUGCAGAAAGCCACAGACAGGGCGCUGUUUGAAGUGGGCUUACAGAAUGGAGAAAUCAGAACUAUCCGCCAAGUCACUGAUAAAGAUGCUGUCAAGCAAAGACUGACUGUUAUAGUGGAGGACAACGGGCAGCCCUCUCGUUCAGCUACAGUCAUUGUUAACGUGGCGGUGGCGGACAGCUUCCCUGAAGUGCUGUCGGAGUUCACUGAAUUGACACACGACAAGGAGUACAAUGACAACCUGACUUUUUACUUAGUCUUGGCUCUGGCUGUAGUUUCCUUCCUCUUCAUCACGUGUUUAGUGGUUAUUAUAUCAGUCAAAAUCUACAGGUGGAGACAGUCUCGCAUCCUGUAUCACUCCAAUCUCCCUGUUAUUCCAUAUUAUCCACCACGUUACUCAGACACUUUGGGCACAGGGACUCUGCCACAUGUGUACAAUUACGAGGUGUGCAGGACGACUGACUCCAGAAAGAGUGACUGUAAGUUCGGCAGAGCUGGUAGUCAGAACGUGCUGAUAAUGGACCCGAGUUCUACAGGAACGAUGCAGCGGAUACAGAGUGAAAAGAGCAUCCUGGAUGAACCAGACUCUCCUCUUGAGGUGAGGACUUUGACAUAA